AUGGUGGAGGACGAGACGGCGCGGCGUGUAGAGGAGUUGGUCGCCAAGCGCGUCGCCGAGGAGAUCGAGAAGAGGAAGGGCGAGAUCGAGACGGAGGUAGAGCGGCGCGUAGAGGAAGCGAAGCGUGCGAUGGAGAAGCAGCUGAUCGCAGAGUGGGAGAUCAAGCGGCAGGAGGAGAUCGAGCGGCAGAAGCAGAAGCAGGAGGAAGAGCGCAAGCAGCGCACUGAACUAGAGAGAAUACUGGAGGAAAAUAAUAGGAAGAUUGAAGAGGCACAGAAGAAAUUGGUGAGUGUGCAACUCAGCGUGCCCAAGUAUAUCUUUGACGUGGACAAAGGCCUGGAGGAGGUUGACCAGAACUGCAGAAUUGCCGGUCAAGAAAUACUUGCAGACUUCAGCAGCGAGUAUUUCACAACUGAAAAGCUGUCGUGGGAUGCUACUUGUCACGAAACGCCUACGACGCUGUUGAUACUCAAAAGCGUAUUCUCCUGA